AUGAGACAGAAGGAUUCCGAAAAGGCCUGUCGUUCCCGUGCCGUCUCCGAGUUCACUUCCCCUGUCGAUCGACUCUUCUCAUCUUUCAGCGUGCAUAUUUUCGUGUACUUCAUGUGUAUUGUUGGUGCCCUAGUUUUGGUAGGCCUCGUUGCUGCUUUUGUUUUCUUCAUUCGUCGUGGAAACCAGUACGCCCCAGUGCGUCUAGUCUCUGCAUCAGACGCCAAGGAUUACACUACUGCCAGCUUAUUCUCACAUUGA